UCCCUCAGCGACACGGCUUCGGCCAGCGCGGGCAGCCUCUCAGCGGGACAGCGAGCUUGCUGCGCCCUUGUCCAGAGCGGGACAGGAGCGUGUGCAGAGGGCUCUUGCCCCGGGCCAGUCACGGCGCCGGCGGGCUGCUCGGGCAGCUCCCAGGACAGGCUCUUUAUUCAACCUCCUGCAGAAAACUGUGUGGUCCUUCGUGAGUCAGAGUUCACUGUGAUCCAGGUGUCUCUGAGCGUGUGUGAGCGCUGGAAUCAACGGCAAAGUCCGGUGUCCUCCUCGCCCGGCUGGCAAUAGGAUCAGGGUCGUCAGACCAGGCCAGGUGUCGCUGCAGUGGCCACAAAGGCGAAAGACGGCCGCCACCUGGGCCUGCGACUUGGCGGGGGUUCACUUCUGCCUCACUCCGGGUGCCCUCUUCCCUGCGACGCUCUUCAGGGGACUGUCCCCCCUCCCCGGCUCCAGGGGGGCUCCUUCCCCGCCGUCCCAGACACCAAACCUGAGUGGGGCCUCAUCCAGCUGCCCUCGUCCUCCUGGGAGCUUCUGAAGUCUGGCCACGCCAUGCCCGCGAGCCCUGACCCCAACAUCUCUGGGCAGAGCCAGGUGGCUCCUACCCACAGAGGCAUCAAACUGUCCUGCAACCAGCGGACGGGUAGCGUGUGGAGGACAGGGCGUGAGCCCGAGAAGGGGGUCAGCAGCGAGCAGCCCCUCCUCCCCUCCGACAGCAAACGCCUCUGGGUUUGUUAGGGGGCGACGCCUCGGUCUCCCCCAAGACACGGACGCCACUGGCAGCUGCAGAAGGACCCGGCCACAGCCUCCAUUGUUCCCCGUCGCUCUCAAAACUUUCCCGAAAGACCAGGCCAUCUGUCCACCUGCACACGUGUGAACUUAAGUCUUUCCUUUGUGAGGAGCCUCAGCUGAGGGAGGCAGGAAGCUGGUUUUUUCCAGGAGGCGGGCAGUGUUCACUGGCCUCCUAAGCUGCUCCAAGGUUGGAUCCCGGUUGGGGUCAGGCUGGGCACCCAGGCCGCUCACCACAGGCUCAGAGGCCCAGCGCUGUCUCAGCCUCGGACCUCACGGCCAGCAGCAGCCAGAAGCCCAGGGCCAAGGAGCAGUGGGGCGGGCAGACAGACCCACCUGUGACCUGGCCGGUGACCCACCGCCUGCCUGCCAGGAAGCGGCCCGAGGACACACCGUCCUAAGCUCCUGGACUCCAAAGACGGGCCAAGAGCCCAGAGCUGGCUUAGGGCUGGGCAGACAGCCUGUCUCCGCUGGGCAGCCCGGCGCAUCAGGGCAGCCCCCGCCUGCAGGUUCUGGGGCUUCGGACAUGGACACAUUUGGGGGGACACCAUCCAGCCCUGCAAGAAGCAAGUGAAGGCACCCUAAGCAGAGACGCCCUUGACCCACACAAGACCCUGGAGGGUGGCGAGGCCACGUGGCUGGACGGUGGACACCACAUGAGAGGCUGUGGUUCGCCAGGGCCUGCCUUCCAUCCUGUACCGGGGUGCCGCUUCCUGCCAGUCUUUUUACCUGACCAGGGAAAGCCUCGCCUGGAAUAAACAGGAUGCCGAGAUGACCCUGCCUCCACAGGGCACCAGGCCCCACGGUCACCGCAGAGACAGGAGCCAGCCACAAGCAGAGGCCCAAGUCCAGGACCCCGGGAGGCACCCCUCCCUGAGGCUAGGACCGAGGACUGCCCAAAGGUCCCACAGAGGGGUGGGGGUGGUGUCUUCCCAGAGCUGCCCCCGCCCUUGUGCUCCCACACCUGCAGCCCGCAGCCACACCCACUUCAUCUACCAUCGGGGACCACCCACUAGGACCCACGUCAGCAGGAAGAGGGGCAAGUGGUCCAGGAUUGCAGGGGUCCGGCGGAGCCACACCCGGGUGCCAGGCUGGGCCCACAAAAGACCGAUGGGGAGCAGCCAAGAGGAGCAGCCCCUGCACCGGCCAAGCCAGUCGGGCCAAGACGCAGACCUCCUGGACGCUGCUGACACCGCCAGGCCUCAGGCCUCUCUCCUGGAGAGGCACCUGCCAGAGGGGGAGAGGCAGCUGCACGGCAGUGGGCAAGGGCCCUACUUCUACAUCGGAGGCACCAACGGGGCCUCCAUAAUCAGCUCCUACUGCAAGGGCAAGGGCUGGCAGCGCAUUGAGGACAGCCGGCGGGAGGACUACAAGCUGAAGUGGUGCGAGGUCAAGUGCAGAGACAGCUACUACAGCUUCCGGGAAGGCGAACAGCUGCUCUACCAGCUCCCCAACAACAAGCUCCUCACCACCAAGAUUGGGCUGCUCAGUGCCCUGAGGGAGUACUCGAGGGUCGUGAGCAGGACCCACAAGACAUCACCGUGUGCCCAGGCCAAAUCCAGAAAGGACACAACCUCCGCCCUUGAGGAGCUCACGUGGACCAGCCCAGGAUGCUUUGGGCCACAGAGAGUCCUGAAAAUGGAAGAAUUUUUCCCAGAGACCUACCGUCUGGACAUCAGGGACGAGAGAGAGGCUUUCUUCACUCUCUUUGAUGAAAAUCAGACGUGGAUCUGCAAGCCCACGGCCUCCAACCAGGGCAAAGGCAUCUUCCUGCUCAGGAACCAGGAGGAAGUCGCCGCCCUGCAAGUCAAGACCCAGAGCAUCGAGGACGACCCCAUCUACCGCAAGAUGCCGUUCCGGGCGCCUCAGGCGCGGGUCGUGCAGAGGUACAUCCAGAACCCACUGCUACUGGAUGGGAAGAAGUUUGACGUGCGUUCCUACCUGCUCAUCGCCUGUGCCACGCCGUACAUGGUCUUCUUUGGUCACGGCUAUGCCCGCCUCACUCUCAGCCUUUAUGACCCCCAUUCCAGCGACCUCAGUGGCCACUUGACCAACCAGUUCAUGCAGAAGAAGAGCCCCCUGUACAUGCUGCUCAAGGAGGACACGGUAUGGAGCAUGGACCACCUCAACCGCUACAUCAACGACAAAUUCCGGAAGACCAAGGGACUCCCUAGGGACUGGGUCUUUACUACCUUUACGAAGCGGAUGCAGCAGAUCAUGGCUCACUGCUUCCAGGCUGUCAAGUCCAAGCUCCAAUGCAAGCUGGGCUACUUCGACCUCAUUGGCUGUGACUUCUUGAUCGACGAGAACUUCAAGGUGUGGCUGCUGGAGAUGAACUCCAACCCCGCCCUGCACACCAACUGUGAAGUCCUGAAGGAGGUGAUCCCGGGCGUGGUCACGGAAACCCUGGACCUGGCGCUCGAGACCUUCCAGAAGAGCCUGCGCGGCCAGAAGAUGCUGCCUCUGCUGUCCCAGCGCCACUUCGUGCUCCUGCACGACGGCGAGGCCGACCUCUGGCCGCGCCCCGGGGGCUCCCGAGGCGCCCUGCGCCCGCCGCCCCCGCUCCGCGCCGCCCCGCGGCCAGGCGCGCGCACGCCCGCACCACCCCGGGGACCCGGCGGCGCGCACGCGCGGCCCCGACCCCCGGGCCGCGGCCCCGACGGCAGCACCCAGAGCCGGGAGCCCGGGGCCGAGCGGCCGCGAGAGGGAGCAGGGGGCCCGGCGCGGGAGCCGUCCCCCGGGCUGGCGGAGGAGGAGCGCAAGAACGCGGGCCAUCGCGGCUCCUAGCGGGCGGGCCAGCGGCGCCCUCUGGGACCUAUAAAGGCUACUUUGUUACCAACGGCCCGUGCUGCGGGUCAGGUGGCCCCAGGCCUCCCCGACGCUCGCCCCCCAAGGCGCUCUCAUGGGGGCUUCUCUGCCGCAUUUCUGGGCCCUGUGCUUGGAGGCCGAGGGUGGAGGGAUGCGGGGGUGUUGUCCUACUGGAAGGGGGAUGAGCUCCCCACAGCCUCCUGCUCUG